AUGGCUUCGCACAUAAGCUCCAACUUGGCAGAAGGGCUGACAGCGCCUGCUGCUUCUGAGAGCAAUUGUCAUCUGGGGCUGGUUUGGCCAUGCGUUCGCACGAUCGAGGAUGUCCUAGACUACGUCGUCAAUUCUCGCCAAAGCAAUACCGGAUCGAUUAUCGGCUUCCACUGGCUGGCGAGCGAUGUGCACCAUCUUUAUCAACAGUUGAAUGCCAGGCUGUUUGACCUCGCCGAACCGAAGGUUCAACGGUUUGAGUACGAUUACGAAUCCCAGAUAGUAUAUCUCGACAUCAUGGAUGAAUCCCCAAUUCAUCAUCACGUUCGAAUGAGGCUCCGCGACCACAUCAUCGCCGACCUUGCAACACUGAUUGCCGUUACGGAUGGUCCAUUAAUCCGCCAGCUGACACGCUCCAUUGGGGAAUAUGAUCCGAUCCCCAUCGAAUUCGAGAACAAGCUCUUCAAGCAGGCCGAUCUUGCAUUCGGUCAGAGCGAGCCCCGCCAACACAUGUGGAGGAAGGCACACCAAUAUAUCGAUUUGUCGGGCGGUAAAAUCCGAGCCGUUCUUAUCCUUGACCUUCAAUACUCCGGUAUGAAGAAGGCGUGGGUGAGCUUGCUCACAACCGACGGCUGGGCCCAGCAUCACGAGGUCUGUUAUGACGAUGAUCUCGACAAACAACCUAUCGGCCAGGUCGAUCUGUAUCUUUCCGACUUUGUCGACCCCGCUAGUCUACCACUCGCCUGUUGUCGGUCCUCUACUGCUGAAUUGACUGGGAUUACCAAGAACCCCGCGAUCACUCUGACAUACGACGGGCUGAGGGCUAUCUUUCGCAGGGCUCGCCACUUAUGCAAGCCGACAGAGUGUAUUAGGGAGUCCAGCGAUGAGGAAACCCUAUCCAUGGAAGCAGAGCGGUGUAUCGCUGAAGCAGACCGACAUACGGCUGAAGCAGACCGGCAAACAGCUGAACCAGGGCAGCGUAUAGCUGAAGCAGAGCAGCGUAUAGCUAACGCGGAGCAGCGUAUAGCUAGCGCGGAGCAGCGUAUGGUUGAAGCAGAGCGCCGUACAACAGAAGUGCGUCUCGAGACCGAGCAGCGUGUGGCUGAAGCGCGCAACGAGGGCCGUCUCGACAUGGAGCGGCGCGUGAGACUGUCGAGGCGGAAAGGCGUAUGGUUGAUGCAGAGCGGCGUGUGGUUGAUGCAGAUCGGCGUGUGGUUGAUGAAGAGCGACGUGCAGUUGACGGAGAGCGACGUGUAGUUGACGAAGAGCGACGUGUGGCCGACAGUGAGCGGCGCGUGGCUGAUAGUGAGCGGCGCGUGGCCGAUAGUGAGCGGCGCGUGGCCGAGACCCGGCGUGUGGUUGCCGAAGAGCGGUGUGUGGUGAGUUAGAACGGCGGCUAGCUAGAUCGCAUGGAGGCCGGGUAGCAUUUUGCGAAGGUGUGAUGCCUGGUGGAG